UGUUGUCACAUGUUCAUCUCUGUCUGGGACGAGUUGAUUGAUGUUUUGUUCGCAGAAGCGUGUUGAAUGCUCUUUUAGAAAUAUUGUGAUCGCAUUAGAAAAUACCGCUUUAAAGUACAACAGAUAUCAGGUAGAUCUUGCAGUUCCAGUUGUCUAACCAAAAGACUGUUCAAUAGUAGCUGAUAGAUCGAAACGCUGUUGUUUGAGACUUCUGAAUCAUGGCUGCGAAGACCAUCUCUUGUUUACGGUUGUAUGGUUAUGUUAUUGUCGGUCUGGUCGUGGUUAAACUGAUUGCUGGUGAUGACAGUGCAUCAAGUCCCCUUUCUCCAGUAAUGGGAUAUGGCCAUUUUAAUGUAUCUAAUAAAGAUGGAAAAAUAUGUAUCUUGUUGGAUUUGUCUUGUUCUGUUAGUGUGCAAGUGAAUAACACAGUCCUUCAGUAUGUUCUUCCACUGAAUGCUUAUUCAGAUGGAAGCUGCAGUAAGGAAACAUCAUCAGUUACUCUUUUUUGGGAAGAUCUUGGGACCAGCCUGACUCUCUCCAUGGCAUUUACAAAUGUGGAAGAAAAAUGGAAAGCAACCAGCCUUGCCUUCACUGCAGUAACUACAGUUGAUAACAGAACAGAGACCAAUGUAAGUGCUGUGCAGAAUGACUCCAGCAAGCUAGUGAUAACAGCAAACAAAGAGAAAAGCUUUCAGUGCAGUAAGAGCCUGGACAUAGCAUUAAAGAGCAAGGAGCCAGUAACAGUGACCAUGAAGAAAAUAAAGGUGCAGCCAUUUGGUGACAGCUUUGGUAAAGCUGAUGUUUGUUCUUCAAGUAGCAAUGGAACUCCUGCCGAACCAGUGGACACAGUUGUACCAACUGCUGUGGGUUGUGUGUUGGCCGGCUUAGUCAUCAUACUUAUCAUUACAUAUUUUGUGGGCCGCUGUAAGAAACCUGGCUAUGAGAAAAUGUGAUUUUAAUUUUGGUGCAAGGAAAUAAUGAAUGUGAUCAAUAAUCCAAAUUAUUGGAGGCUGUGUGAAAAAUUAAUUAAAGAUCAUUGGACUAGAGCACUACACAAGUGAGAAGAUGACAGUGGAGGGUUUUCAGUAGUUUACAGUAGCUCUGUCACGAAAUGUUGUAGUCAUUUUACUGAUGUACAAACUCAGUUCAAAUUGAAGGGGUCAUUACAAUUGUAGUUUGAUGUCAAAGAAAGCAAUGACGGGGCAUUUUGUUUACAUAAUUUAUGUGUGAAAAAGUAUCCAAUGAUAAGACUGAGCAAAUGACAGCAAUGGAAUUAGUGUUGAAUUGUAUCUAAUUUAACUUGCACUGGCUUCAUAAAAUCACUCAAACAAGUCAAGCUGUUCAAUAGCCAGGGGGGGACUCCCUUAUAGAAAGGAUGGGGGUGCUCGUCGGAAAUUUUGAAAAGAACCCCUCAGAGGUAUCAAGUUCCUGUUUGUGGGCAUGCCUUGAUUUUUUUUCUCCCCCAAGAGAUACCAAUAAUCCUUACAUAACACAUUAUCUCCCGUAAUAUUUUUUCACCUCAAUACCCUUAAAGGUACCGCAAAAGUUCCUUUUGAGGCUGAACACUCUCAAGAGGUACCAAAACCACUUUUUUAACCCUAAAAGGUAUGAUGAGCACCCCUGUUGUAUUUAUAUGGGAGUUGUUCAACCCCCCCCCCCCC